AUGUUUGCAUUACGACUCGUAACGAGUGUCUGUAUAUUUGCUACACUCAUCUAUUUACUCUUUAACUACUCAUCCGUCGAGCUUGUCUUUCAUCCUGAUCGCUAUCAUGGCCAUGAAAUUCAAAAGGGAAUCUUUUUUGAAGGCUGGUAUUACAAAAUAGUUCUAAAUGAUUAUGAAAAUACAUUGGUUGUUAUUCCCGGUGUGCAUAUGAAUGAUAGCAAUCGACAUUCAUUCAUUAUGAUUGCUUACGGGAAUAUUUCGCAUUAUUUUCGAUUUCCCUAUGAAACAAUAUCCUCGUCUACUGAUGAAUUCCAUUUUACGAUUGAUAAUAAAAAAAAUAUUUUCUCCUAUGAUCAACUUAUCGUUGAUGUUAAACCAAAUAGUGAUGACGAUGCAACAGAAAGCUUUCAACUGAAUUUAACUCUAUCAUCAAAUCUACUCGUACCCGAUUUAUUUUGGAUUUUACCAGGCACCAUGGGCCCAUAUUCGUGGAUACCAACUAUGCAAUGUUAUCAUCAUGUUCUUAGUAUGAAAACUACUAUUCAUGGUUCAAUGCAAAUGAAUCAAAAUGCAAAACAGACUAUUUCGGGUAUUGGUUACAUAGAAAAAGACUGGGGAAAUUCAUUUCCAUCGAUAUGGAUUUGGGGUCAAGCAAAUCAAUGGGAACAUCUUCCGGCAACAUCAUCAGCUAGUAUAUUUUUUUCAUUAGCACUUAUUCCAUGGUAUUUUAAUCUUGAAUUUGCUGGAUUUCUUAUUGUUUUUGAACAUAAUAAUGAAUUUUAUCGUUUUAAUACCUAUUUACAAUCGAUUAUUCAUGAUUUAAUGAUUGAUCCAGAUACGCAUGAAAUUUCAUUUGAUGUUUAUGAUGUUUUAUUUCAAUAUAAACUUCAUGUGAGUAGUUAUUCUAAUGGCUUAAAUAAUAUUGAUGGUGCUCUGUUAUAUGGGCCACGUUCUGAUCGAAUGAUAAAAUAUGUAAAAGAACUUCUGACAAAAAAUAUUCAUUUUGAUGUUCGAUUAUCGAAAUUAGUCCAAAAUAUGACAUCGAACAACGACGACAACAAUCUAUUUAUUAAACAUGGAUAUUAUGAAGAGAUUAUUUUUCAAGGACGCGCCCAAAGUGUUGCUUUAGAAAUAACUGGUAAUGUGAAAUGGUUAAGUGAAAAAUUUCGUCAAGCAUAUGAAAAUAUUUAUCCAUGGAAUUUUUCAUUAAUACGAAGUAUAGUUAUGCAUUAUAAAUUAAUAUUAACAAGUAUCUUGACUAUGAUCAUUAUGUCGUUUAUUUUUGCGAAAUGUCGAUGA